GCAUCAAGCCGGAUCGAGAGCCCGUCCCACCUUACAGGUUUCACCACGUAGAGAUUCGCAAAAACAUUCUUGCGCCGAACUCAAUGUUAAACUUUGUCCCCCAUCUUCGUGACGUCGAUCCCAACUCGGAGGAGGAGAUCAAGUACAGCAACUGGCUCAGGGAUCUAGAGAAUCUCGACACCAAGUCCGGUUUCCAGAUCCAGAACCGGGCCCAAAAACUGGCAAAGAGGGCGCAGAACGAAUACGCGGCGACCCUUGCCCCCUACCUGGAGCCAUGGCUCCGCAAGCUGGCCAUCGACGGCUGCACAAAGUCCACGCUGAUCCGUUACAUGGCGAACCAGCCGCAGAACGAAGACGCCAUCACGCCGCAGCAAAAGUCCAACCUGCUCGACACACACAGCGAGGACAUUGGCUCGCCGCACGCGGUAAGGGGGGCCAAGCUCUUUACCGAAGCCUUUGACCGCGUCUUCAACGACAAGCGGAGCCUGAGGCGUGUAGCGCUGCGCGACAUUCUGAUGCUCGACAGGUCUGUCGAGCCCAUCCUGGACAACAAGAGAGCAAAGGACGGGCCGAGCUCGCAAAAGCCUCGCGACGAGGCCCUGAUGCAGAAGACGGUGGAAUCGCUGGGGAGCUACUCCACCCUCGGCUGUCUCAUCUGCUUUAGCCACGACUGCGAGCAUGGCGAGAUCGAGCGAGACAACCAGAAACGGUGCUUCUCGCUCGAGGAGAUAGGAGGGCUCGCGCCGACCCUCAGGCGCAAAUGGGCUUCGCAGCUCGAGGCCCAAAGGGCCAGCCAGAUGAACGGCGCCGCCGCGAACAGGCCGACGCAUCAGCCGUGCAGGAACCAAUGCUACCGGAGCUACAAUACCGGUCACCCUGAUCAAGAGGUCGAGCCGUGGUCCGAAAACGACAUCGGCGUGCUAGAGUGGACGUUCGCGGCAAUCGGGCACAGCUCGUCUCUCAAGGCUCAGUGCCUUGUCGGCGCUAUCCUCGGCCGCUAUUGCUGGGACGUCCACCGCAAGCUCCAGGAGCUGGACCUGACCCUGCCUCCCGUCGAGCUACCUUCCGAGCCGCCGAAGCCCAAGCCGGUACCGUGGUACGAUCGCAAGAAGAAACAGCUCAUCGGCGACUGGCAGGAUGCGACCAUCACCCACGAACACGCGGUGCGCGAACUCUUUGCCCCGUGCCAUCACGACGGCCCUUGUACCGCCGCGAACGGGUGCCCUUGCGCUUCGGCAGGUUCCCACCCGGUGCUCUGCGAGCGUUUCUGUCUCUGCACGGCGGAGGAGUGCCCGCUCAAGUUCACGGGAUGCGCCUGCCACUCCUCUGGCAAGACUUGUCUCCAGCGGCAGAAGGAAGGGAGGCCGUGCAUCUGCGUCCAGCUGAACCGCGAAUGCGAUCCCGUGCUCUGCCGCGGCUGCGGCGCAAAGGAGAGAGCCGACCCCGAGAACGCAUACGACGAACAGCUUCACUCGACGGGCUGUCAGAACGUCGCCUUGCAGCGGGGAGCUUCGAAGGCGGUCGUACUCGGCAAGUCCCAGCUCGAGGCCUGCGGCUAUGGCCUCUUUGCCGCCGAGGACAUAGCGCAAGACGAGUUCGUCAUCGAAUACACCGGCGAGCUCAUCAGCCACGACGAGGGUGUGCGGCGCGAGCACCGUCGAGGCAAUGUCUUUGACGAAGAGAACAAGGUCUCGUACCUCUUCACCCUGCUCGAACAAGAGGGUAUCUGGGUGGAUGCUGCCAUGUACGGCAACCUUAGCCGCUACAUCAAUCACGCUUCUGGGAACUGCAACAUCAUGCCCAGGAUCAUGUACGUCAACCACGAGUACCGGAUCAAGUUCUUGGCCCUCCGAGACAUCAAGGCCGGCGAGGAGCUGUUCUUCAACUAUGGCGACAACUUCCCCAACCUCACCAAGAAGCUCGUCGAGAGGAGCAACGAGAAAGCGGGGGAGAGCAACAAGAGCAACGCGGGACAGAAGCGGAAGGGCGGCGCGCAGCGGGCCACUGCCCGCAAGACAACGUCCAAAGCGAACGGGGAGGGGGUCAAUUUCGCACCUGACGGCCGCAGUGAUGACGAUGAUCCCUGGUUCGGCGAAGUGCCCGUAAUAGAGGACGACGACGACGACGUGGGCGACGAAUGGGGAGAGCCGGGGCCGAAGCGCCGCAAGAAGCGCGGCGGUAGACGGCCCGGGGCCGGCCGCAAGAAGAAGCAGCCACAGCCGCCCGUCCCGGCCGAGGCCGCCGACGAGGUCAGUCCGGGCUCGCAACUGCGCAACGAGAGCGGCGCCGCGAACGGCGAGGGCGCUCUUCCUGCCACGCCCACCCGCCGCCGCUCGCUCAAACGUUCCUACUCAGCCAUGCUGAACCCCACCCAGAGCUUCUCCGCGUCCGACCCCGGCUCCGCCGCGCCCGCCGAGCCCGUCAAGAAAGUAUCCAAGCGCGGCGGUGCCCGGCCCGGCGCCGGCCGCAAGCCCAAGCAUCGGCCGCCCGGAGCGCAAAAGCCAGGGCCCAAGACGCCUGCCCAGGCCGGCCAGAACAACAGCUCCAACAACAACAACAACAACAACAACAACAACAACAACAACAACAACAAUAACAAUGAGGCGGACAGGUCUACCCCAAAGAAGGCCGCCGUGCAGGCUGCCGGGUCCACCCCAGGGAGGCCAGAGAGGAACGCGGCCGUGUCUACGCCCCAGAGCGGAUCCCACGGCAAGGCUCCCCCCGGCUCGGGGGGGACGCGAAAGAAGCGCAAGGUCGCCGAGGUAGAAGAGGCGGAAGACGCGAGCAUCAGCAGCAGCAGCCUCGCUGCUGCGUCGGGGCCAUACAGGCAUGAUACGUUCCAGCCUAUCGACGACGCCGCAUCGACGGCCGGGAGCAGGGGGAGCAGGGGGAGCAGGCGGGGUAGCCGCGCCGGGCACACCGGCGGGGAGGAGGAGGACGACGACGUGGUGGAUCGGUCGGCCCGCAAGAGACAGAAGCCGCUGCGAUACCGGGAUGAUGAGGAGUAGGCAUUCUGAUCUUCCUGGUUCUUCCUGCGUGAUACUCUCGAGCUUGGCUAGAGAGAGAAAGUGUUAUUUUGGGGGGGG